AUGACUUUAAACACCAAAGGUCCAUGUGGCCAAUGUGGCAGAAAGUACAGCGCAGGUAGAGCAAGUUCGCACUUGCUUCAAUGCAUUGCGCAAGCGUUUACUCCUUCUGAUUUAAUGAGUGAAGGCUAUUUAGUUCGCAUUUCUUCUGACGACUACCCAAGUUUGUAUUGGAUGUUUGUAACUAUUCCCAAAGACUUUAAUUUGAGAAUUUUGGACGAAUUCUUACGCGACAUUUGGUUGACAUGUUGCGGUCAUAUGAGCAUGUUUUACAUCGGCGAUGACGAAUAUUCUUCUCAUCCAAUUUCUGAUGAUGGUACCUAUUCCAUGAACAAAAAAGUGGGUCAACUCUUUUCUCCAGGUUUGAAAUUUAAUUAUACCUAUGAUAUGGGUUCGUCCACAGAUCUUAGGCUAGAAGUCAUUGCAACUGUAGUUGCCUGUCCAUGCGAUGAUAUUACGAUCAUAAUGAAAAAUGAUCCUCCCGCUUUUUUAUGUGAAAUAUGUGACAAAUCUGCUAAAAUCAUUUGCACUCUAUGUGGUGGGAAAACAUGCAAAGGCUGUAAGAAAAAACAUUCUUGUGUAGUCAAUGAAAAUGAUACAUAUAUGUUAUCACCUCUUAUUAAUUCCCCACGUACUGGUGUUUGUGCAUACGGCGUAGUAUAA